UAAUAAGAGCUGCUUCUUCUCCUUCUCAAAAUUUUUCUUAUUAAUAACUGAAAGAAAAAAAUAAAAGCUGUUUACGUAUUUCAGUAACUAAUAAUUGUACAAUCUCACCAUGCCGUUUUGUACUCGCCGGAUAAUCACCGGUGAAAUGUCGGCGCCGGCAACAAGGUAUCAUGUUCCGGUAACAAAACUUCCAGUUGCUCGGUCACCGGCCGAUUAUCUCUCUUCCACAUCUGUUCGUCAUUUUAUAAGCAAUACUCACCGGCCGACGUCAAUCGUUAGCAGAUCAACGAAAAAGAGAUUUUACGUAAUUGAGGCAGCGAAAUCGACCGCCGUAUUCCGCCGCGGCGGAUGCGAUAGCGGAGGGAAUAGGAAAUGGAGGUGUGCUGUGGGAGAUCAGGUUGUGGAGAUUAAUGAUAGCCGGAAAAGUAGUAAUCGGACGGCGGAGGUAGCGGUUGCAGCGACGGCUACGGUGGUGCUAGGUGUAGGGAAUCGCGUGCUUUACAAGUUGGCGUUAGUGCCUUUGAAGAACUAUCCUUUCUUCCUGGCUCAGCUCGCCACUUUCGGAUAUGUACUCGUAUAUGUCUCUAUCUUAUACGUACGGUAUCAUACUGGGAAGGUUACUGAUGAAAUGCUUUCCCUUCCAAAACUUCCAUAUGUUGCUGUUGGUCUAUUAGAAGCUCUUGCUGCUGCAUCCGGCAUGGCAGCUGGAGCUAUUCUUUCGGGGGCCACAAUUCCAAUACUCUCGCAGAGCUUUCUUGUCUGGCAGCUUCUCCUAUCUUUUAUUUUCCUUGGGAGAAGAUAUAGAAUCAACCAGUUGUUUGGGUGCUUUCUCGUGUCUGUUGGUGUUAUAGUAACUGUAGCAAGUGGAUCUAGUGCUGGUUCUUUGAUGGAAGAUGGUGUAUUUUGGAGUCUUUUGAUGAUAGUUUCUUUUUUGUUACAAGCUGCGGAUACUGUCUUGAAGGAAAUAAUAUUCCUGGAUGCUGCUCAAAGGCUGAAGGGAGGCAGUGUUGAUCUGUUUGUUGUGAACUCAUAUGGAUCGGCUUACCAGGCAGUUUUUAUAUGCCUUCUCCUCCCAUUUUUGUCAAAGUUAUGGGGUGUUCCAUUUACUCAACUGCCAAACUAUCUUAGAGAUGGUGCUGCAUGCUUUUUGAACAUCGGCACAUUAUCCAGUGGGUGUGCUGGUGCACCUCUUCUACCGCUGCUGUUUAUCAUUGUCAACAUGGGUUUCAAUAUAUCAUUGUUACAUCUGCUUAAGAUUUCCUCUGCUGUGGUAUCUUGUCUCGCGUCUACAGUAUCAGUACCAAUAUCAGUAUUUUUAUUCACAUUACCCUUGCCAUAUCUUGGCGUCGCAUCCUCCCUCCCACCCGGUUUCAUUUCAGGAGCCAUCAUCCUCGUCCUGGGAAUGCUUGUCUAUACUUGGAGACCAUCAAGUCGCCUAAACAAUCAGGAAGUUGAUUGCCAUUGUUAACUUCCGGCCCUUGUCACGUUUGAGGGAGAAGAAGAUACGACCCCAUUCUCCAACUUCCACAAGAAAUAAACGAGGGAUCAAGACGUGCCUGGUGAAUUGUGUUAUAACCUCCCAAACCUCAGAAACAUGGUGAAUUGUGUUUUACGUUAAUUCCUCUCAAACAUCAGUGGAGGUUUGACAGGAUUAUUACUCAAAUCCAUUGCUCUUUUUAAAUGCAUGGAGCCUGUUCAUGUCCUUAGAAAUUUGUUCCAAUGCCAGAGUAAAGUUGGUUGUUGUAAAUCUAAAAGUGCAGAAGCAGGGGAGGAGGUAGAAACUCAGAUACGGGUGUGGCCAAACCCAGUAGCUUUUUGCUCAAGUUUGUGUUACGAAAUUCAUUGAAUAUGUAGACAUAUUAAAUAGAGAACCAAUUAUUAGCACUUGAAGUUGUUGUUCUAAAAGUUAGAACGCAUAAACUAGAAAUCUUGACUCCGCCUCUGUGCAGAAGGCCGGUUUCGCCAAAAGUAAAUUGUUCAACAGAACAAAUAAAGGGGAUAUGAAAAAUCUGUUCUUGGUUUUUGGUGGUUCUGCUGUUGUAACUUUAAACUGUUAAUUUUCUAGUGGGAUUUUACUUAA